CCCUUACGAAUUCCAUCUGAACAUAUUGAUAGUCGCGAGCUUUGCAACAAUGAAAGCUUGAUAAUUAAAUGGAAUCUAUUUAACGAAAAAAGUAUACAUUGAGUUACAAAGAUCAGCAGCUGUAUUACUACAACCAGGCAGUACCAUGGUAGUCUAUACCAUAGUAUGCCAUUCUAUCAAAGGAUACUCUUUUACAUCAACAUCGCCGGGAUCGCAUUGCGGCAUGCGCAUCUCGUAAACAUCAGCCACGAUAACUCAGCUAGAAAUUUAUCAGUCAUCGCCCUUGUAUGUCUUAAUCCUAUUAUCCAGCCCCGGCCGUUAAGCUGCCAGAUUUCAGGUGACCUUGCGGCCGAAAGAGCCGACGAGAGCGCGUCUCCACACGCGCAAGAUUGAAGUGAAACAUGAGUUACGAGCCCUUGGAGAGAUGUUGAAAAAGGGUUGCAGAUUGUUGGGGUUCUAACGCGUCUUGCAGGCGGAAACUCCGUCCUGCCGCUUGUGUAAUUAGAGGGCGUCGAAUCAAGGGUCGAGUCAUCUGAUGCGGAAAUAAACAUUCAACUUGGGCGUGUGUAUGUAUUUUGUCUAUAUGUGAUUAAACAAUUUAUAAUCUGGGGUCGCGUCUACACAACUGACUGAUUGGGUCGUAUCCCUCCACAGUCCUACUUUGCUCCACGCCGGUUCCCAACAUCUACAUGAUUGACCCUUACUUUAACUAGGUGGAGACUACUUUGCUGAUCUGUAGAUUUUACUCACCAACGGUGUCUCAUAAGACAGCGAACUUAUUCGUGUGAGCGGUGAUCUUUUCUAACUGCUUGUUUAGGACUACAGUCACGUUGGGGAGGCCUCACCAAAAGCGUGAACAAUAUAUCAUAAAUGUACAUUCUCAAGUGCGUUUAUUACAGUAGUUCUACAUCAUCGCUAUCUGCUCUAGUCUUUCGUCUCUCUCAUUCAUCAUCUCUCAUCACUACACAAAAAAUCAACUAAUAUCAUAUAACAACAGUUUCUAUGCCUUGCUCUCCUUGGCCACGGGCUUGUCGUCGGCGGAGAAGUUCAAGCUAACACUGUUGACGCAGUGUCGCUCAUCCGUAGGUGUAUCGAAGCCUUCGCCCUUGAAAACAUGACCGAGGUGACCGCCGCAGUUGGAGCAUACAAUUUCUGUACGCAACAUGCCGAGCGUGCGAUCCUCGUGUCGGGUAACAGCUCCAGGGAUACUGUCAAAGUAGGCGGGCCAACCGCAUCCAGACUUGAACUUAUGGUUUGCCUUGUAGAGAGGGGCCGCACAACCUGCACAAGUGUAGACUCCCUCGGAAGGGUAGUGCUUGUCAAAGGUUCCGGAGCCAGGGGCCUCAGUGCCCUGCUUGCGUAAUACACGGAAUUGCUCUGUUGAUGGAUGUUAGCAUGGACAUGUUUAGGGUAGGAGGGAGGGAUAGAGCUAAUACAAACCUUUGUUGAGGACUGCGCGCCAUUCGUCGUCGGUGCGUUGAUCGGGAUACGUCAUGUUGGAUGAAGACUUGGACGAUGAUGAACCGAAUAAGGCGCCGAUAAAGGGGAUGCCUGACAUGGACCUCAGUGGGAGAGGACGGAGCGUGGCAAAGUGUGUCGAUGUUGGAGCUCUGAAACGGCCGAGGUUGGAGACGGAGUAGAAAAGCGUGCGGAAGAUGGGUGACAAUCGCAUGGGGGAGAGAUGGUAAACGUGGAGAUUAACGAUGUAAAAGGAAAAUGGAAAGAAAAGAAGCAAGUGUCUGUGGCUACUAUUUUAUAGCUGAGGCGAUCAGACCGUUGACGUUGACGUAGUGGGUGAGAAUUAGAUAAAAAGCUUGAAUUGACGUCGGUUGAAGGGGCUGUGACAAAUCAUUCAGCGCUGGAAUCAAUUUGGCUGGCGGCUGCCAUCGCUGUAGAUGACAGAUAUUAUAGCGGGGUAGUUUGGGAGCUGGUGGCGGGGCAAGCGAAGUGUAGUGUAAGUAUUAGGAAUAGUGUGCUGUAUUUGAUGCCAGUGCCCGCUGUAAGUUUAUAGUGAGGGGAAACUGUAUGAAGCGAAUGGGUUAACCAAUAGUUGACGAUAGCCGUGUCUAUUGAUACACCAAGUUGGUCUGAUGCACUGUAAAACAUAAAAGUGAUUGAAUUGAUAUUUUACAUUUUUCCCUCCAUUUUUUUCAUACUCAUUUAACGCUUUUUCGGUAACGAAUGUCUACAGCUUAUACGGCUGCCUGGAUUCCAGCACCCACCGCCCACUGUGCCGCUGUAGAAACAGGCUUCCCCCCGACCGCCCAACAAAGCGGACCCGCCAGGUCGUCAGCCCACCUUGUCCUUUGUGUGCCUUUUCCCUCCCACAGAAAACCCCCCCUUUGGAAUCGCGUCACCGAGUAUUUGCAUUCGCCAACAUCGACCACCAUCGAUACCCCCAAAGACCAUGUCUAGACGACCGCCAAACCCCGCUGCUGAGCGGGCGGCCCAGAACACAGCAACCAUCAAGAACCUGCUCAAGAUGGAAUCCAACAAAGUCUGCGCCGAUUGCAAGAGAAACAAGCAUCCUCGAUGGGCCAGCUGGAACCUCGGUGUCUUCAUCUGCAUCCGCUGCUCCGGUAUUCACCGUGGCAUGGGCACCCACAUCAGCAGGGUCAAGUCUGUCGAUCUCGACUCGUGGACCGACGAACAAUUACAGAGCGUCGUCAACUGGGGCAAUGCGCGCGCCAACAAGUACUGGGAGGCCAAGCUUGCCGAGGGCCAUGCGCCGUCCGAAGCCAAGAUCGAAAACUUCAUCCGCACAAAGUACGACCUCAAGCGGUGGGCGAUGGACGGACCUAUCCCCGACCCCGCCACUCUAGGCGACGAUGCCGCUGCACCGGUAGCCGCCGCACCGACGAGACAGCCCGUCGAGAGACAACAGCAAGCACCAGCAGCGCAACCCGCCGCCCAGAUUGACCUCUUUGGGGGCCCUGAUCCUGCUCCCGCUCGUCAGACCUCGUCUGGACCACCCUCAGCCAAGGCAGCCCCAGCACCACCCAAAGCCACUGCUGCAAAGGACUCGCUACUUGGCCUAGACUUCCUCGGCGAGCCUGCUGCCCCUCCCCGACCUGCCAGUACGCCGGGUACCGCCGCCGCUGCAGCCCAAUCUCGCCCCGAUCUGAAGCAGUCUAUUCUAUCCCUCUACGCCUCCGCCCCCAAGGCGCCCGUUCAGCAGCAAAACUCGUUUGGAGGGAUGGCAUCUCCUACGCAACCGGCAACUGGCGGAUUCAACGAUGCCUUUGGCGGACUCAGCAUCUCCAACAACAACAACGCCCCCAAGCCUGUCGCCUCCGAUCCUUUUGCCAGCUUCGGAAACGCAUCGUCCAUGAGCCAGCCUGCGCCUCAACAAACCAGCAAUGCAUUCGGAGGACUGAGCGGCGGCAGCUUCUUUGAUACCAAGCCAGCACAGCCUGCUGCUCCCGUGCACCAACCCAAGCCAUCCAACUCUGGCUUUGGUGACUUUGGCGGCUUCGCUUCAGCCACUCCUGCAGCGCAAGCCAAACCUGCCCAGCCUGCUUCAUCGACCAUGGGCGAUCUCUUCGACUUAUCCGCACCCGUCUCACAGGCCUCGCCUCCUCUUGCUAAAGCAACCUCUCCCCCUAGCUCCUCCGUUUUCAACCUAAGCCAGCCGAAGCCAUCCCCAGCGCCUGCUCCCACUGUAGCCGCCGCCGCCGUGGCCUCUGGCGCCGAUGUUUGGGGUGACAAUGCUUGGGCAACACCAUCCGCACCUGCACCCGCCCCCGCGCCAGUUCACAAGAGCCCCGAGAUUUCGAAGCCUGCCCCAGCCGGCGAUUUCGGAUGGGGAACAGCCGGUGGAUUGUCACAGACCCCUAUUGUCCCCGGUGCCACUGGUGGCUUUUCGCAGACACCUAUUGUUCCUGGCGCUGGUGGUGGCUUCAGCCCUGCCCCCAAGGUUGCUGCGGAUGAAGAGUUCGGUGGUUGGUCCUCCAGCACAGGUACCACAAACGCUGCAUCUGGUGGCCAACAGGGAGGCAAGCAGGGUGGAUUUGGCGGUGAUGACGAUCUAUUCUCCAACGUAUGGCAAUAAAUAUGAAAACACUCUAGUGCAUGAGCCUAUAAUUCGGAAGCUCUUUAUAGAAUGGGAAGAUGGUUUCAAGUGUGGGUAUCAAAAAGUUGGCGCAGGGCAGGGGAGCAUGUUAUGAUGAAAAAAGGCACAUGCGGGUUGUCACGGGAGGUUGGUUUUCGAUAGAAUAAAAUGAUGAUAAUUAGCAUUAAAACAAGCUUAUUUCUCCCAAAACGCCUUAUGUAUGCCAAGGGUAUUGCUCCAAAACAAUCCAUCAGAAACAAGAUAUACGCCAAAAACCAUAUCUACCUGAACACUCAACAUAGUGCAGCCGUUCGCCGCUUUGAUCCUUCAAAACGCUCUCCCCGUCUGCAUCAUCGUUCGUCGUUGGUUGUUAUGUUUUAAAAUAUAGCCUUGGUGGCGUAGUAUAUGAAGAAGAAGGCGGCGAUGAUAAUUCCGGCUAGCUUGAGAAUUGCGACUCUGUUUCCCGAGGCUGCCAUUCGAGUGAGGCGAGACGCUGAGCCGCGCAUUUGGGUUGUCAUGGAAGAAAACGUCUCGGACUAGAGUAGUUGUCAUGUUAGUAUAUAGUGUGAUCCUGUCAAGGAACCGUCUGGUUGGAGGCGUACCGUAUUGUCAAUGACGUCUUGGGCGCGUGCGUUGUCGUAAAUGUUCAUCGUGACGCCUCGCAGCGCAGAGACCUUGGAGGACAGCUCCUCCAGGCGCGAGUUGUUCUGGCUCUCUCUCUCGUAUGCUUCCGACAUGAUGGCGGCGUAGUGAGGUGCUGUGUGUGGGAAGAAGGGUGUCGGAGAAGACGGGAGUUGAAGAUGGUCGUGGUUGGCGUUGACAGCUGACUGGUACAGUGUUACGCCGAGGAAGGGGAUAAAUUCGGAGUUGUAAAAAAUCGGGAUAUCUUCUUUCGUCUGAGGAUGUACCCGCGCUGCAGGCUGGAUGAUGUGCUGGGUAUCGAGACGUUUGUUGGGGAAAAAGGAGAAGGGGGAGUUUGGUCGACGGUGAUGCAGACUUCUACUCUAGCGCUGGCUGGUAGCGGAAACGCAGUGGUGGCCCUAGCGCUGUGGGUUGAUUUGUCGCCUCCGUGGCUCUGGC